UGUUUCUUUCUUGUUUUCCUCCUGACGCGACACUGUUGACGCAGCCCACACACAUCGACACUAAAUUCCAUUGCCCCGCGGUCAAAGAUCAAGAUUCAACGCCGCCUGCCGACCGCCACCAGAAAAACUCGGCUCGUAGCUGAGCUCGUUAUGGCGCGUACUCAUCCUUUUUGCUGUAGUCAGUCAAUUCUCUUUGCGGGAGCUUGGCGUCCCAAUCUGAUGUCACCCCCAAGUGUCAAACAAGCCACCGCCGGCAUCUCAUCCGCUCUCUUUCCGUACACAUUCAAAGCCUCGUUUGCAUACUGCUCACGGCCGACUAAGCAAGUGCUUGCUGCCUUCGCAUGUUCCCCUACUUUUCAUCAUCAGCCCAGGUUGCCCAGAUUAAGCGAGGGUGGGUCUGAUAUAAGUCAACCUUGUUCCCGCCAACAAGUGCCGUUAUGUUGGGUUUGAUCAUUUUUCUUGGUUUCUAUCCUAGUCGGACAGAAACAUUACCUACCUGCCUUUUUUCGAGGAGCUGUGGGCUCUUCCAUAUACAUGAAGUUUGUAUCUUGAUCCAUCACAUCUACGCGCUAUACCGUUACAUAGUAGGUAACUCGCAUCACGAACCUCACCUGCGGACAUCCCAAACACCAUCUCUCCCUCGUGGAGGAAGAGAUCAAAUUCUAUUUCUAUACACAUACAUCUGCCAUGCGAUCAAGCAUUGCAACCUUGGCACUGUCGUCGUCGCUGCUCUUUGCGGCGACGACGGCGCGGGACAUACCAGAAAACAUCAAGAAGCUGCGAGAGUCCAUAAUCGCUAGAGGAGACUGCGAGAAGAAGCUUGCCAGCGGCUUUCGCAGCGUCUCCACAGAUGAAAAGACUGGCUCAUAUUGUGGAGACUUGCUCGACUCGGCAGGCGUUAUCUACCAGCAAAUGCCUGGCGGCCAGCUGAGCGACAUGGAUAUUGACUGCGACGGCCAGCAGGCCGGGCGCCAGAAGGAUGACGGCCGUUGUUCCAAGAGCAAGGAUACGCAGGCCCAGACGUCGUUCGCUGACGUCCUCACGGGCUACAACGUCGGCGUCAAGGACCUGAACCCGUUUGUGCACUCGUACGUCGUCUUUGGCAACGAGGGGAAGCCCGGCUGGCCCGAGUUUAGACCUAACAGUGUCACCGCUAAAAAUGGGAAGAAGGUCGAGCCGCUUAGCGUCAUGGCUGUCGUUUGCGGCGACAAGAUGUUCUACGGUGUAUGGGGCGACGAAAACGGCCCUGAUGGCGAUCAUCCCAUGAUGGGCGAGGCAGGCAUCGGUCUGGCCACUGCCUGCUACGGCGCGUCCGACGUUAACGGCGACAACGGCCACAGCGAGAACGAUGUGCUGUAUCUCGCAUUCACCGGAGAGGAUGCCGUUCCGGGCGCAAACGGCGCCAAGUGGGACGCCAGCUCGUUUGAAGAUUUCGAGUCCAGCCUGCACGCCAUCGGCGACUCGCUCGUCCAGAGGAUUGACGGAUCUAUCCCGGGGAAGUCGGUUAGCAAGAGGAGCGUGCAGCAUGAAUACCCAACAGAAGAGGUCCGCCGCAGUCGCCCUGCACGGAUGCUCCGCCGUAAUAACCCCGAAAACCCCGCCGAGGACAAGCCUACGUAUGUCGAGCAUGAGGCCCCCGUCCCGGCCGAGGCUAACACGGGAGCAACGGGCCCGACAGUGGAGCAUGCCAAGGAAGAGGAGAGGGACAGUCUCAAGAUGGAGACGAGCGGUGGAACGAAGGACAAUGGCGACAUGGGGGAAAAGCCAAAAGAUCCUCCCAAGGACGACAAGCCAAAAGAUCCCCCCAAGGAUGACAAGCCCAAAGAUCCACCCAAAGAUGACAAGCCCAAAGAUCCACCCAAAGAUGACAAGCCCAAAGAUCCACCCAAAGACGACAAGCCCAAAGAUCCACCCAAAGACGACAAGCCCAAAGAUCCACCCAAAGAUGACAAGCCCAAAGAUCCACCCAAAGACGACAAGCCCAAAGAUCCACCCAAGGACGACAAGCCCAAAGAUCCCCCCAAGGCAGAGCCUCAAAAGCCCGGACCCGACGGCAGCAUGGACAGUCUGAAGAUGGAUACAGGGCCGGGCGUUAAGGACAACGGCGAUAUGGGCGAAAAGAAAGCAGAUGAUAAAAAACCUGACGACAAGAAGCCUGACGACAAGAAGCCUGACGACAAGAAGCCUGACGACAAGAAGCCUGACGACAAGAAGCCUGACGACAAGAAGGCCGACAACAAUGACAAGCCAAAACUGAGUCCACAAGGCUUCGAGAUCAUCGAUCCAAUGGCGAAAGACUACAAUCUAUGGGACAAGGGCCUUGAAGGGGACGGCAAGCCAGACGAUAAGAAGCCUGAUGACAAGAAGCCUGAUGACAAGAAGCCUGAUGACAAGAAGCCUGAUGACAAGAAGCCAGACGACAAGAAACCAGAUGAUAAAAAGCCAGAAGACAAGGGCAAACCCAAGAUGAGCCCACAGGGCUUUGAGAUUAUUGAUCCUAUGGCAAAGGACUACAACAGGUGGGAUAAGGGCCUCGAAGGCGACGGAAAGCCAGAUGCAAAGCCGGACCAGCCGCCCAAAAAGGACGAGCCCAAAAAGGACGAGCCCAAAAAAGAUGAGCCUAAAAAGGAUGAGCCAAAGAAGGAUGAGCCCAAGAAGGAAGAGCCACCAAAGAAGAGCCCUCAGGGUUUUGACAUUAUCGAUCCGAUGGCCAAGGACUAUAACAAAUGGGACAAGGGUUUUGAGGGAGAUGGCAAGCCUGCGGCUAAACCCGAGGCCAAACCUGAAGCCAAACCUGAGCAAAAACCCGAGGCCAAACCCGAGGCCAAACCCGAACAAAAACCUGAAGCCAAACCUGAGCAAAAACCCGAGGCCAAACCCGAGGCCAAACCCGAGGCCAAACCCGAACAAAAACCUGAAGCCAAACCUGAGCAAAAACCCGAGGCUAAACCCGAGGCCAAGCCUGAAAAAAAGCCCGAGCCGCCCAAGGACGAUAAGAAAGAGGCGGAAAAGAAGAAUGAGCUCAAACAGAGCAAGCUGCCCGUCACCAAGCGGCCAGAAGUCGAAGGGUUCAUGAAAUAGGUGGACACUUUGCUUACCUACUUCCCAUUCGAGCGUUGAUACACCUUGAGUUUUAUCUUAUUUUUUUUUCUAUUAGUUUGUUUUGGUUCUGUUUUGUUUAUUUGCGGUUUUCAGUUUACUCGGAGUUAUUCGCUCGGAGUUACACUAGGUCUGCAUAUAGAGGUCAUGACGGGAUGAGCAUUAGGCAUCUGCAUUUUUCGGCGCUUUUGGGUCUUGUUUAUUCUUAGUACAUAUUUGAAGUUACAAAAUUGAUACAGACUAAAUACUUAUUCUGUUUGACUUUGGUCUGGCUGUGGUCUACUAAAU